CCGGGGGCCAUGGUCGCGGGGCCCUGCGCCGGGGCGGCCCCCAGCGCGGCGCUUCAUGGAGCGGCCCCGGCCCGGCCGCCGGGGGCAGCGCGAUCCCGCGGGGCCCUGUGAGCCCCCAGCGCCACGGCACCAUGUUGCUGGUUGAGAAGACGACAGACUCACCGGCGGCCGAAUUCUCGCUGGUGGAGGACGUGGCGCUGCACUUCGCCUGCUUGAUGGGCCGCCUGAACGAGCAGCGCCUCUUCCAGCCCGACCUGUGCGACGUGGACCUGGUGCUGGUGCCCCAGCGCAGCGUCUUCCCGGCGCACAAGGGUGUGCUGGCCGCCUACAGCCAGUUCUUCCAUUCGCUCUUCACCCAGAACAAGCAGCUGCAGCGCGUGGAGCUGUCCCUGGAGGCGCUGGCGCCCGGUGGCCUGCAGCAGAUCCUCAACUUCAUCUACACGUCCAAGCUGCUGGUCAACGCGGCCAACGUCCACGAGGUGCUCAGCGCCGCCUCGCUGCUGCAGAUGGCCGACAUCGCCGCAUCCUGCCAGGAGCUGCUGGACGCCCGCUCCCUCGGCCCCCCAGGCCCCGGCGCCGUGGCCCUGGCCCAGCCAGCCGCCAGCUGCACCCCGGCUGCUCCACCCUACUACUGCGACAUCAAGCAGGAGGCCGACGCCCCAGCCUUGCCCAAGAUCUACGCCCGCGAGGGCCCUGACCCCUACUCAGUGCGUGUCGAGGACGGGGCCGGGGCCACAGGUGGCACAGUGCCUGCCACCAUCGGGCCGGCCCAGCCCUUCUUCAAGGAGGAGAAGGAGGGCGGCGUCGAGGAGGCUGGCGGGCCCCCGGCCAGCUUGUGCAAGCUAGAGGGUGGGGAGGAGCUGGAGGAAGAGCUUGGGGGUUCUGGCACCUACAGUCGCCGGGAGCAGUCCCAGAUCAUUGUGGAGGUGAACCUCAACAACCAGACACUGCACGUGUCCACGGGGCCCGAGGGGAAGCCGGGCACUGCCACGGCCCCGGCCACCAUGGUGCUGGGCCGGGAGGACGGGCUGCAGAGACACUCGGAGGAUGAGGAGGAUGACGACGAGGAGGAGGAAGAAGAGGAGGAGGAGGAAGAGGAAGGCGGUGGCAGUGGAGGGGAGGAGGAGGAGGAGGAGGAAGAGGAGGGUGGCAGUCAGGGAGAGGAGGAGGACGAGGAGGACGAAGGGCACAGCGAGCAGGAGGAGGAAGAGGAAGAGGAAGAGGAAGGGCACAGUGAGCAGGAUCAGGAGAGCUCCGACGAGGAAGAGGAGGAUGAGGAGGAGGGGGAGGUGGGGCCCAGGCAGGGGUCUGGGUGCCGGAGCAGCCGGGCGGACCCCCCUCCCCACAGUCGCAUGGCCACGCGAUCUGCCCGGCGCCAGGGCCCCCCUGAGCCUGAGGAGCCCGGGCGGCGGGGUGGGAAGCGGCCAAAGCCACCUGCAGGAGUGGCUUCUGCCCCAGCCAGGGGGCCACAGGCUGCUGAUGGGCUGGGGGCCAAGGUGAAGCUGGAGGAGAAGCAGCACCACCCGUGCCAGAAGUGCCCUCGAGUUUUCAACAACCGCUGGUACCUGGAGAAGCACAUGAACGUGACCCACAGCCGCAUGCAGAUCUGCGACCAGUGCGGCAAGCGCUUCCUGCUGGAGAGCGAGCUGCUGCUGCACCGGCAGACGGACUGCGAGCGCAACAUCCAGUGUGUGACAUGCGGCAAAGCUUUUAAGAAGCUCUGGUCCCUCCACGAGCACAACAAAAUCGUGCAUGGCUAUGCAGAAAAGAAGUUCUCCUGUGAGAUUUGCGAGAAGAAGUUCUACACCAUGGCUCACGUGCGCAAGCACAUGGUCGCCCACACAAAGGACAUGCCCUUCACCUGCGAGACCUGUGGGAAGUCCUUCAAACGCAGCAUGUCUCUCAAGGUGCACUCACUGCAGCACUCCGGGGAGAAGCCAUUCAGAUGCGAGAACUGCAAUGAGCGCUUCCAGUACAAGUACCAGCUGCGGUCACACAUGAGCAUCCACAUCGGCCACAAGCAGUUCAUGUGCCAGUGGUGUGGCAAGGACUUCAACAUGAAGCAGUACUUUGACGAGCACAUGAAGACUCACACAGGGGAGAAGCCGUACAUCUGCGAGAUCUGCGGCAAGAGCUUCACCAGCCGGCCCAACAUGAAGCGGCACCGGCGCACGCACACCGGCGAGAAGCCCUACCCCUGCGACGUGUGCGGCCAGCGCUUCCGCUUCUCCAACAUGCUCAAGGCGCACAAGGAGAAGUGCUUCCGCGUCAGCCACCCCCUGGCCGGCGACGGUGCCCCCGCGGCCCCGGGCCUGCCCCCCGCCCCGCCCCAGGCGCUGCCCCUGCUGCCCGGGCUGCCCCAGACCCUGCCGCCCCCGCCGCACCUGCCGCCCCCGCCGCCGCUCUUCCCCACCGCAGCCAGCCCCGGCGGGAGGCUGAACGCCAACAACUAAGCGACUGCGCUGCGGGCCCAGGACCCUCCCCGCCUCCUCGUGGGGCGGGGCCAGCAGCCCCUCCACAGGGGGCUGGACACGCUCUGCUGGAGGCCCCUGAACUGGGGGACAGGGGGGCGGUGCAGGCUGGCAGCCCCCAAAGCGGGCGGAGGACACCUCACUCCCAAGUGCCCCCUUUCAGUGACUCCUUGAAGCCUUUUUUUUUUCCGAAAGUGAAGGAAAAACUAAAGAGAGGAAACUAUUGGCUGCAUCCCCCUCCAGGUGAGGGGGUUGCUGGAGGCGCAGGUACAGUGGGGGAGGGGCCUGGGGACAGGUGUGACUGGUCACACUGUGGAGGCCCAAGCCAGAGGGGGGUGGCCAGGCCCAGCUAGGGGUCAGCUUCAGUGGCUCAUCCCCUCCGCUCCUGGGCCCCCCUAACUUGCCCCUCAUUCUGGAGGGUUUGGGAAGGAGUUGGGGACCCAGUGGGGGGGCUGCAGCUAUUGAGGCAGGGACUCGAGCCUGGAUGCUCAGGAGCAUGUUGGGUGGGGGCGCCGAGUGGGGAAGACUGCAGAUGCAGCUCUGCACCGGUGGGAGUGGGGUGGGCAGGGGCUGGACCCCAGGCAUUUGUUUCCCCUACUCACAACUCUGCCGGCAGGCACAGGGCUCCUCAACCCGUAUUGGGCUGCACUGAGAGCCCUGGGUCCUGGAGAUGUCCCCAGGAGCCGCUGAGCCUCAGGGUGUUUGUGGGCCAGGCCCUGAGUGGGCAGACAGGCUGGUUCCCACAGCACCAGCUCCCAAGGGGCAGCCCCAGAGCGCCUGCAAAUAAGUGGACCCCAGGGGCAGGACCCUAAGGAGGAGGCUUGGGCAAAUAUUUUAAGGUUUCAAGGUGCUAUCAGUGGGGCAGAGGGCGGGGCAGCUGUUCACAGAGCACCUCGUUCCUCACCAGCUGCCCCGGCCGUAUAUCCCACGCUAGAGAUGUGUGUCUGUGUCCGUCUCUGCUCCCUGAAGGCAGCACCAGGCCUCACCCACUCCUAAGCCUGGUGACAACCCGCUCCCCGGCUGGUGUCCAGCAUCCUUGUCCCUCCUGGGCCUCUGUGCUGGUGGGUGGGGCGAGGAGCCUGCAUGAUCAGGCCCUGGGGGUUGGGGGUACUGGGGGAGCCCCAGCCUGUGCCCAACGCUUAUCCCCACAAGGCCAGCACUAAUAGGACAUCCUUUUUUUUGUUGUCAUUUAACGUCUUUAUUCCUGCCUUUAAAUGAGGAGGAAGGUUCCAUAAGCUACAUGUUUCCUAGUUAAGCUCUUUCCUGUUGUGUUUAUACAGUUUUGUUAUACUCUUUGCACCUUAAAACCCCAUGACCACCCCAACACAACCACCUUCCCAGCAUGGCUGGAGUGGGAAGAGGCCUGAGCCCAGGGGGGCAGUGAGGGGGACUGGCCCCAUCAGCCCAAGAGCUGAGGGAGUCAGAACCCCUCUGACCUCCUUGUGAGGCCCAGGGCGCUGGGGCAGGGACUGGGGACAUUUUAAUCAUCAAUAAACGAAGCACUUUAUUCUGUA